AUGGACGGCGCCAAAGCAUCCGAAGACAUCCCAAGGCCGACGAAGGAAUGGAUCUUCCAGAAGCCGUUGCCUUCAAAGCCCCAGGUCCUCAACGCCACGAUGUCAAUACGAUGGCCUGCUUCCUUCGAAGUGGUUUUCUUGGUUCGCAAUCUCAAGCUCGGCAAGCAGUGGAAUCAAAUUUUCUGCAUCGGGAAGAAGGUUGUUUCGCUGUAUACCAAUGGUGGCCCGAAAGGAAAGGUGGAGUGGGGCAGCCUUUGUUUUUUGGUCUGCGGCCGGAAGUACGGCGUCGCUGGUGGGGAGAUCAAGGACGGCGACAAGGUGCACGCAGUCUUGACGUUUGACGGGAAGGGUGAUGGAAAGAUGUGGAAAGAUGGUCGGCUAAUCGCAGACAGCGCCGCCAGUGGCGGUGGUAGCGACCCAAACGCGCCCAUCAUGCAGAUCGAGAACUGUCCUUUGAGCAUUUUGCAGGAUGAGGGCUGCAUGGAAAUCCAGAAGUUGUGCAUUUACGAGGGCCUUGUGUUGGAAGAAGUACAUGUGAAGGAGCUGCACGCCCAAAACGAGAAGACUGUAGGCACAAAGCUCCCGCCAAUCACGCAGAAAGGAACUCCGGAACGGCCUGUGCAAGUUCUACCUGCAAAGGAGGCAAAGGAGGACCUUCUGCUCAAGUGGGAGCCAUCACUCCUUUUUGGGGAGAAUGCUACAGGUAUGGAGGACACGUUCUGGACAGCCACAGAGACAAUGCACAUCGAGCCACACAACGGCGAACUCUUUGCCUCAUUUAGCAUGUGGAUGAGCUCCCGGGCCAAGCUCCCUAUAAAGGGGCCCACCAAAGUCUUCGUGGCCAGGCUCUCUUCCCCAGGUGGCCAGUGGGUCGUGGACUGGUGUGGCGAUGACCAGCAUCACAAGGGCAUUUCGAAGUUUGCGGUGAGGAUCGACUGCUUGAAGAGCAUGGAGUUGAAUUGGGACUGCCAUGGCCAGCAGCUGAAACCACCAGUGCAGCAGCUCGUGAUCUGUACUAGCCAUGGCAACUUCGGGAAUUGCAUUAUGCUCCGAGACGACGGCGAUGACACUGCCCCUGGCACCCGGCAUCGGUGGCAUGAGGUGAGGUACACGGGGGAGGAGUACCCCGGAAAAAGCAUGGGCGCGCGAAGCCGUGCUGCUCCACCGAGAUGGGGUGACCGGUGUCGACCGCAUCAUUGCCGUGGAUGGAGUCCGUGGAGCGCGGUCUGGGGUCUACGACCCGGCGAGCAGAGCCCCCGGAAAGAGUUGGAAUGUCGGCCCUUGGCCUUGGUCGAGGCAAACGGAAUGGCCUUCAUGUCGAGUGCAUCCCGGAUCCUGAGGAGAACCGACGGGCCUGAUCCAGUUUGGAAGGUCCUCAUUGACGUGGCUGAGUUUCGCCGAGACGCCGUCAAUCCUGAUGUUGGGGGUGUUCGCGGCAUGACGCCGAUUCCAGGUCCUUCCGGGCCAUCAAACGAAUCACUAUUGUUCGUCUGGGCCCCGAACACUCAAGUAGAGGCUCGGGUGCUCCGCACGGACUUCGACAAGGAUGGAUCAGUGAAAGCUCCUGCAGAAGAGACGUCACUCACUGCCCUGGCAAGGGAGUACCUGCAAACACCCUGCUUGGGCUACACCCUGGCCGCGUACAACAACAUGCCGGCCACAAAAUUGGGGAGCGUCCCCUGCAACCUCAUUGGUUUCGAGAUUUGUGCACAUCCAGGUGCCAAAGUUCCAGUUGACCCUGGGCAGCAGGCCACUUAUGGGGGUUAUUGGUCUGGGGGCGGCAUCGUUUGCCGUGUCAGCUCCAGCGACUACUUCGUCACGCAGGUCGGGGGGCGUGGCGGAGUGAGCCAACCGCUGACUGCUGUGCGUUGCUUCGCCAACUCCCCUUUCCCCAGUGAGCCGAACGCUGUGUAUUGCGGGGGGUAUGAUUGUAACGGUUUCCCCUCCGAGCAUACAGCCUGGAUUUACAAAGCCACACCGACUUGA